GCCUUUGCUGAGCCGCUCUCGAAAGAGGAAAACGACCGUUGGCGGCAAGCUGGAGGGCGAGCGCCAUAGUCGUGCCUCACUGGGCGGUAUCACUUUGCCUGAUCUUCGCAUCAGUCUUUCCUUUGGUGAGUCGGCGGAGCUGUCCGCAGUGGCAGGGGCUGGGAGCCUCGGCAAUUUGGGGUCAGGAGGCCGGCGGCGGUCGAGGAGCGAGUAUGAGGCCGGCUCCAGCUCUGAGGAGCCCUCGCCUCCGGCACCUGCGAGCGAGAGGAGCGAGAUGAGCGACUCGAACCAAUCGGCCGGGGCCUCCUCACCUCCCAGAAGCGCCACGGGGUCGCCACCCCAGAGGCGGCCUGUUCUGAGUGGCACAACGGCAACCAACAACGACCUUGCCAGUCUCUUCGAGUGUCCGGUGUGUUUCGACUACGCCUUGCCACCCAUCCUGCAGUGCCAGAGUGGGCACCUGGUAUGUCACGACUGCCGCCCGAAGCUCUCGCGCUGUCCGACCUGCCGGGGCCCACUAGGCUCCAUCCGCAACCUGGCAAUGGAGAAGGUGGCCAACUCGGUGCUGUUCCCUUGCAAAUACAGCCCUUUCGGCUGUGAGGUAGCGCUGCCCCCUCAGGAGAGGGGCGAGCACGAGGAGUCCUGCGACUACCGCCUCUACCCUUGCCCCUGCCCGGGCUCGGCCUGCAAGUGGCAAGGCCGCAUGGACUCCAUCAUGUCGCACUUGGUCCAAGAACACAAGUGCAUCACCACACUGCAGGGUGAGGACAUUGUGUUCCUCGCCACCGACAUCAGCCUAUCCGGAGCCAUAGACUGGGUGAUGAUGCAGUCGUGCUUCGGGUUCCACUUCAUGCUCGUUCUUGAAAAACAGGAGAAGUACAAUGGGCAUCAGCAGUUCUUUGCAAUCGUGCUGCUGAUUGGAACCCGCAAGCAAGCCGAAAAUUUCACCUACCGACUAGAGCUGAGUGGGUCAGAGCGGCGACUGACCUGGGAGGCCAAACCGAAAUCCAUCCAUGAGGGAAUUGAAACAGCCCUCAUGAAGAGCGACUGCCUAAUUUUUGACACCAAUGUGGCACAGCUUUUUGCAGAAAGUGACAAUCUGGGCAUCAAUGUCACAAUUUCCAAGUGUUGAGCUUACCAGCUAACAU